GAGGAACUGAAGAAACGUUUAUCGCUAUCACCAACAUCGAUAUCAAGUAAAGCUCAGCAAACCCUAACCAAUACAGUUGAUCCGUUGUCUCCAUCGAGUACAGAUUGUUCGGAUUGUACACUAGCCUCAUCAUGUUCAUUACCGAUCAUCUCACAGCUGUCUUCAACACCUCCGUCGACGAUCGGUAUCUCACCGACACGUUUUGAACGUAGUGAAGUUUCUAAACAAUACAGUAAUGAAGAUCCAUCAAUAUGCUCAAUCGAAGUGAGACUGCGUGCACCAACAGCAGCAACUCUAUCGAAACAGCAACAGGCGAAUGCGGUGGCGGCCGCAUAUCACCUGAAAGAAGCUCAAGCUCAAGCCGAGGCUCUGGCCGAAGCACAUCGUGGUAUGGUCAUGGACGGCGGCGGCGGCUCAUCGGGUGGCUCAGGCUCGGAUGAUUGCAAUUUGAUGAUGAUCGGCAGCAGAGAUAAUAGUCACUGCUAUAAUCAUUUGAAUACGAAUACGAAUGCAAAUGCAAAUGCACUAUAUGAGGCAAAACUGAAACAACAACAGUACGCAAUGAAAAAUGGCAAUAUUCUGUCGUCAUUGGAUGAGAGCAUCGAAUGGAGAGAAAUCAACGAGAUAAUGGAAUCAUUUGGCGGAGGAAUCUGUCGAGAAUCGGUGUUCACGGAUCAGUACGAGCCGAGAGUAGCUGUUUAUCUGCGUGAUCGUCGUUCAAAAGCACUCACCUUACAGCUCAACAACGGUACAGCAACAGCAGCAGCAGUAGCAGCGUCGUCACCACCCGUAAAUGGCAACACACCUUGUGCAUGUUAUUCGAGGACGACUGCUACCGAUGGAGAUGGCGAUGGCGAUGGCGUUGCCACUGCUACUGAUAGCAUUGAUUCGAAGCAUUUUCUAGCCCUAGCCACCGCCGCCGCCGCCCAAACAGGAGACGGCCCCGGCGACGGCUCUGCUGAGCCUGUUGCUGUGCCUCCAGCUAGUAGACGAGUAUCUAGGCAGUAUGCAGCAGCAGCAGUAGCACCACCAAACGCACACGUUCAACUGCUCGGCACCCAAACAGCAGCAGCAGCAGCACUUCAAUUAGAGUCGCAUAGCAGUAGCAGCCGAUCGCUGCCCUCCGAUGGUUGUGUACACGGUACCUGUUCGUGUGCUGCUGCUGAUGACCAUCUGUUAUCGUCCUCGUUGGUAUCGUUGUCCCCACGCCAUCAUAAUACUACUACUAAUCGAUGUUAUCGUUGUGGUCACGAUCACCAACAGCAUUUCUAUAGUAAUAAUAAUAAUACUGUCGCUGAAACGGCGGCUACUACUAAUGCCUCAGAGGAAAUGAUUUUAAUUUCGUCAUUAAGCGCUGCCUCUAAACGUUGCUCUCCCACUAUUACUACUACUAAUGAUGGUGUUGGUGCGGUACAGCCACAGUCAUCAGUUUCAACAUUGAAUAGUUCAAAUGCUCGUCUAACUAUUAUUAAAUCAUCAACAAUUACCGCGUCUAAUAAUAAUAAUAAUAAUAAUAAUAAGAGUAAUAAUAAUCCUCAUAAAAGCAUUAAUAAUACAUCGUUAUUACUGUCGUCAUCCUAUCCGAGCGGCACUGUAACAAGCUCAGCAAUAGCUUUGCAGCCUCGUGCUUCGUAUAGGUCGUGUUGUGAUUCAACUCAUCGAUAUCAUCACAACACUCAUGCUCAUGCUCAUGUUCAAGCUGCUAAUACGGCUUCUGCAGCGUGUGUUCAUCAAACGAAUGUUGUUGUUGCGGCUGCGGCUGCUAAUGCUAAUGCUUCUUCGUUGAAUUGUACUUCUUGUUGUAUGAGGCCACUAGCCGAAUCCAUCAAAACCAUUGCCGUUCCUCUAGUAGCUAGCGUGUCGACUAGUGCUGCUGCUGGUGGUGGUGGUUAUCAUAAGAAUAAUUAUAAUGGAAAUCAUCAAGUGACGACUAGUGCUAGUAGCAAUAGACGACAAUCAUCAAAAUAUCAUCAUCAUCGUCAUUAUUCGCCGAAUAGGAGUCGCAGUAGUAGCAGUACGACGACGACGACGUCGGCAGUGGCGAAUUGGUUGAACGUUAGCGUUGGAGUGCCGAAUCCACGAGCUAAAGAGAUCGCUACAGUGUUGGAGAGUCACGGUUUUGACAGUGUCAAGCAUAUGUCAACGUUGGAUCGAGCCGCAAUGCAUGAAAUCGGCUUGGACAAGUCCACACAGCAUCAGAUCGGCACCUAUUUAGACAACUAUCCAGGACAGACACCACUUAGUGCAAACUCGUUCACGUACGUAUCGGACUGGUUGAAUUCACUGGAAUUAGAAGAUUAUUUGGGACAUUUUAUCAACGGUGGUCUGACAUCGAUGCUGAUCGUGCUGGCACUGGAUCCAUCUGCAAAACAUUUGAAGUCACUUGGAAUCACUCUACUGGGCCAUCAGAAACGUAUUUUGGAGUCAUUAAAAGAGGCAAAAUUGGAGCGUCGUCUACGUGUUGCAGAACGAAUCAAUGCCGAAACUGCAGCAGUAGCAGCAGCAGAACUAGAGGCAGAGGGAACUGAUAGUGGACAGGAGAGCAGAAGUACGGCGCCAUCGUCAUCAUGUGCGUCUCGUCACAAGAGCCAAAUGCUGAUGCCAUAUGCUCACCACAGCAAAGGACAUCAUCAGCAGCCCCACAGCAGCUCGUCGAUCAUCAUAGGAGGGCAGCCAACCGAAUGGCGACACUCAUCCAGUACACUCAUCGAGGAAUGCGUCUCGUAUUCAGCACACUAUUUGGGCUCAAUGGAAAUAUCAAACAUCGAAGGAACUGAAGACUCGCGUAGAGCCAUGAUUAAACUCAAGAAGGGUAUUCGUGAGAUUGCAAAGGUGCCACAAGUGUUGUUAGAGAUUUCGGUGGCCGGAGUUCGAGUGUUGGACGCGACAACGAAGCAGCUAACAGUAGAGCACGAUAUAACUCGUAUCCAAAUCGUGUGUCAGGAUGAGCGUGAUUUGAACUGUUUUGCGUACAUAUCACAGGAUGGUGACAAGCAUUUUUGUCAUGUCUUUUGCGUUCUCACCGCGGAUGUUGCCACCGAAAUAAUCAUAACCUUGGGCCAGGCAUUUGAGGUUUGCUACCGUUUGGCUAACGGCACGUACAGGUCGGAUGGUGCUGAUCCAAUCGUCAUCAACCCGCUUCUUUAA